UCCACCGUCCAAUAUGCACCUGGUGCACUUUACUUGCACUUGCACUGAAACCUCUCUGCAGUUUCGUGAACACUUUCUAACCACGAAUAUUUACUCCCUGGGCUCUUGUCCAAAUUAAAAAAAAAAAAAUCUUUGCUUGGUCAUCUCAAGUCAUCCCUCCCGGAAGAGGUGCCCAAAGCACGUUCAACAAGAAAUUUGCUAGAAGUGAAGAAAAAGUGAUUUCGAGUCUGAAAGUAUUUUUUUUCAAGUUGCUCAGAUUAAUUCCAGUGAUUGAUAUAAAUUUCUUCAAUCAAUCUGAGUUAUUUUUUGCUGAGAAGUAUUUUUGUGUGACAAGGAGGUGUCUCAAUUAGUCAUCUAAAGAAGCUCAAAGUUACCUCAAGUUGAGGUGCAAGAAAAAAAAAGAAGUGCAAGUUAUUUGUGUGAAAAGUGAAAUCUCUUAUGAGAAACCGUCUUCCAUCACAGAGAUUUUUAGUUAUUCUGUGUUAAUUCAAAUUAAAUGUGUCUGCAUUGACCAACUGGGAUAAUUAUUGCACAAGAUAUUCCUUUUGGAUUACGAUGAGGAGAGAUUGGAAAUCGUUAUGUGAAGUCUUAUGAAAGUUAUAUGGCCUUUGAGACGAAUAUGGGCAAAAAAGUGAUCAUGCACAGUGUCUUCCUCAUUCUCCUGGUUCUCUGGUCAGUUGGUGGUCAGAGGAAUGAGGAUGAGCAGCCCAAUGUUAUUGAUGACACCGUGAGUGUAAAUAAUUCAUUGGGGAUUAGCCUCAAGGAAAGCAAAUUGGAUGAGGCUGUGAAGAUUUUGCGUGAAAAGACAUCAAAUACUGGUCUCUUUGACCUCAAUCCUGAUGAUCUCGAAGAUGUUCAUGCCAAUCUUACCACAACCCAAGCUCCUUUUACCACAGAAAUGACGGAACCAAUGCUAGAGCCCACGGUAUCGCAGAACAUUAUCAAAAUAGCCAAGAAGAAAGUCCGGAUGGAUGUGAUGGAGAUGCGUGGUGACAAGGAGGACGAAUCACACACCUUCGAUCUCAUAACGCAACUCUUCAAUCACAAUCAGUGGAAAGUGGAAAAUAUUUCCCGUGAAAUCUCACCAAAGUGCCAGGGAGAUGUUAGUGUGUAUCUGAAAGAGCUGAAAUUGGGCAGAGCAUGGGCACUAAAAGCGAGUGAUUCCUCUGGAAGGUAUCGUGGUCAGCUUCUAUUUGGCAACUUAUUCUGGAUGGGCUCGAGGGAGUUCUGUGCUGAAAUAAACAAUGAAUUGAGUCGCAACACCAUCAAAUUCCGAUACACCGUGGCCAGAGUCAUGAUCAAAAUGAAACCUUUUAUAUCAAAAACAAAAUCUAUUCAAGUAGGGCAAUGCCUUCCGAUAUCGUGCUCCACGGAUGAUGUUAAAUUGCUCCUAUUGUCCGAUCCAACAUUGAGAACGUGCGCCCAGCAGUCUAAGAGACCUCUCACUACCGAAGAUUUCACGCUGAAGGUGUCACAAGUAAGAACAGUUCCCGGUGACUAUAGGUAUCAAGAUGAUGAGAGACUGAAAGCUUUGGGGAUUACGUCCGCCGCAACGCUGGUCAUCAUGCUCCUGGCCACAUUCUAUGACUGUCGCUUGCGCACAAAACGCUCCAGGCGCGAGAUGAACAGUCAGACGGAGGAUGGUCUUGAGUGCAGGAGUCAUACCAAUGGGCAGAGCAAUAGCAUAAGAAUGUAUGAGACUGGCGCCGAGGAUAAAGUGGACAUUGAAUCGAGGCACAGGCGUAAGGGGAAUAUGUCUACGGAGGAGCGCACAGGCACUCUAGCCCAAUUGUUCCUCAGCUUCUCCAUCUGCUCCAACACGCGCAUCAUCCUGUCCCUCAAGAGGCCAGCUCAAGAUUCUCUGCCUUUUCUCCAUGGCAUCCGCUUUAUGUCGCUCAUGUGGACCAUCAUGGUGCAUACGUAUCUCCAGGUCUUUGCCAUCGGCGAGAAUCGGUACAGCCGAGAUUUAGCUGAAAAGUCAUUUCUCUAUCAAAUAAUUGGGAACGCGACAUUCUCAGUGGAUUCAUUCUUCUUCAUUAGUGGCUUGUUGGUGACUCUUCUGUUCUUCCGGAAGCACAAAUCUGACCAGAGCUCCGAGGCAAAAGAUAGCAACCAAUUGCUGAUUAAGAGCAAUUUCUGGAAGAGCAUCCUACUCAUUGUCUAUAGAUACUUGCGUCUAACACCCGCUUACCUCUUCGUCAUAAUUGCAAAUGAAGUCUCGCUCAGAUACACGUACGACGCAUCAGUUUUUGCACCUGGCCUCAUAGACCACAUAACGUGUCACAAAUUCUGGUGGAGGAAUAUUUUAUACAUCAACAAUUGGUUCCCGUUUCACGAACUAUGUAUGAUAUGGUCGUGGUACUUGGCCAAUGACAUGCAAUUCUACAUUAUAGCUGUGCUGCUCCUUGUCUUUGCCACCAGGCAUUUUAAGACAUCCGCUGUUGUUACAUUGAGCAUUCUGUUCAUCUCCUGGGUUACAGCAGCUACAAUUUCUAUUCACUAUCGCUUCACGCACAAAUUGGCGGAUCCAUUUGAGUCAUUUGAUUUCCUUUACGACAAACCAUGGCAGAGGAUUGGGCCGUAUAUUAUUGGGAUGAUUACUGGCUACAUUGUGUUCAGAUUGCCAACUCCGCCCAGAAUCUCUUGGUUCACCAACAUCACUCUGUGGCUUCUCUCUGUGGGAAUUCUCCUAGCCCUCGUCUUUGGAACAUGGAAUGGCGUUUUGAAUAUUCCACUGACCGCAAUGUACGUGAGCCUCGGUCAUACAGCUUGGGGACUUAGUCUGAUGUGGAUGACUCUGUCCUGCUUCUGGGGUCAAGCUGGAUUUAUCAGUAAUUUUCUCAGCUGUCGCGUCUUCUUGCCACUGAGUCGUCUGACCUACUGCACGUAUUUGGUCCACCCCAUGAUUAUGAUGAUCACAUCCUUCCAGAUGGAGUCACCCAUUCAUAUGCAGCACAGUUUUGUGCUCACGGCAUUCUUCGGCAAUGCUGUGAUCUCCUUUGGUGUCGCCUUCGUGUUGUCGCUGAUGUUUGAAGCUCCCGUGAUAAGAGUACUCAAGAUCAUCUUCAGGUGAGAAGCACCCUUCCUUCUUUCUCAAUCGGAAUUAAAUGUUGUUUCAUUUAAAAA